CAACGACCGACCCUACUCGUGCCUCACAGCUACAAAGCCGCGACGCGGUACACCUCCUCACAAUGUUCACCUCCUGGCGAGACGUGGUUCGUGCAACGACAACGGCACUCGUUGUCGGGCUCGCCAUCCUCGCCGGUCCCCGAUCGGCCGCCGCCUCACCCUCGCCAGCCGUCAGCUACACCAACACGCUCAUCCACCAGCGCGCGGACCCGCACAUCGUCAAGCACACCGACGGAUGGUACUACUUCACAGCCACGGUGCCCGAGUACGACCGCAUCAUCCUGCGGCGGGCCGAGACGAUCCAGGGCCUCAGCGGCGCGGAGGAAGUCGUCGUCUGGGACCGCGACGCGUCCGGCACGGGGGUAGGCUACGUCUGGGCGCCCGAGCUGCACCACAUCGACGGCAAGUGGUACGUCCACUUCGCGCUGGGGAUCCGCGACGCCUUCGACAUCCGGCCCUUCGUCAUCGAGGGCACGGGGGCGAACCCGCUGACGGCGGACUGGGUCGAGAAGGGCGUGGUGAGGACGAACUGGGAGACCUUCUCGCUGGACGCCACCACCUUCGUCGCCAACGGCACGCGGUACCUCUGCUGGGCGCAGAACGACCCCACCACGGGCGACAGCGGCACGAGCUUGCUCCUCGCCCCGAUGGAGAACCCCUGGACGCUCCGCCUGCCGGCCGUGGUCAUCUCCCGGCCCGAAUACCCCUGGGAGCGCGUCGGGCAUAACGUCAACGAGGGCGCGUACGUCGUCGAGCGCAACGGGAGGCUGUACAUGCCCUACUCGGCGGCGGCGACGGAUCAUAACUACGCCGUCGGGAUGCUGAGCGCCGAUGCUGACGCCGACCUCAUGGACCCGGCUUCGUGGGAGAAGGCCUCCGAGCCGCUGUUCGUUAGUAACGCGCUCACGGGCCAGUGGGGUCCCGGCCACCACACGUUCACGGUCUCCGAGGACGGGCUGAGCGACCUGAUCGUCUACCACGCCCGCAACUACAGCAGGGUGGUGGGCGAGCCGCUGAACAACCCGGACCGCCAUACCCGCGUGCAAAAGGUCUACUGGGGAGCGGACGGCACGCCUGAUUUCGGGAUCCCCGUCCCUGACGGCCCUACGCCUUUCCGUUUCCGCUCCCACAAUGACGAGACGCUGUAUACUCGCCACGGGGCAGACGGCGGGGGUCCCGUGUCGCUCCACCUCGCGGCGGAUCGCCCGGUUCGGGAGACGCAGUUCCGGGUGGUGAGCCCCGGGUUUGCGGGCGAGGGAACGGUGAGCCUCGAGGCGGCUAGCCACCCUGGCGAGUUUCUCCGGGAUAAGAAUGGGAUUGUCGAGUUGGCGCCCCAGGGCGACCAGGAUACGACGCCCGCGAGCGCCAGUUUCGUUCAGGUGGAGGGUCUGGCUGAUGGCGAGGGGGUGUCGUUUGCCCUGGCGAAUGAUCGAGCGAGGUAUAUCCGGAGUCGGGCGGACAGGCUCCUCGUCGUCGCACCGGUGAACGGAGCGGGGGAGGCCGCCAGUUUGGCAACGUUUUAUACCGAGUGAUGAAUGGU